UAGAUGGACUGGAUAGGUCAGUCUCAGGUUAGGUAGGACCGUGGGUAGAUUUGUAGAUAAACUUAACCGUUAAAGUAAACCCGCAAAUAGGCGAAACUACAGUAGCCAGCCGUAUCAAGGAGUACUUUGGUAUUUGUGUGCUGUUUACAUGGUGCUGCUGAUGGCAAGUGGCGGGACACACAGCUUCUGAGCUCCAUCUGUAUCCAUCCUGGUAGAUUUAACAAGUCAGUGUCAUGCCAGUCCCAGCAAUGGCAGAGCCUUUGAUUGAUCAUCAGAAACGGUUUCAGGCUGCCGUGGAUGUCGUCCAUAACCUACCCAAAAAUGGCUCCUACCGGCCGUCCUAUGAGGUGAUGCUACGUUUCUACAGUUUGUACAAGCAGGCAGUGUGUGGACCCUGUACGGUGCCCCGACCUGGCUUCUGGGACCCAGUGGGUCGCUACAAAUGGGAUGCCUGGAGCCGUCUGGGAGAGAUGAGCAGUGAGAGUGCCAUGGCAGCGUAUGUGGACGAGAUGAAGAAUGUAGCUCAGGAGGUCGUCGACACCAUGCCCAUGAAUGAGAAGACAGCCGCGCUCUUCCACCACUUCGAACCUCUCUACCUGGUGAUUGAAGAUAUGCCGCGACCUCCAGGGUCACUGCUCACACUUACAGAGGGUCUUAAAGGCAAGCAGCAUGUUGAGAGGCAGAAUGAGGAUGAGGAGCAGGAGCGGCCUAAAGAAGAUUCUUCUCUUCCAGAGGAUCCAGAUCAGGAGUUCAGCCUGGCUGAGAUUAUAGACUGCACUGCCAACACCAUCCCUAAUGACUCUGGAGUGUCCGAGGGUUUGGUGUUGACCAGUGACUCAGAGAGUGAGAUCUUCUGUGACUCUUUGGAUUCAGUGGAGCAACUCAGUAACAUCAAGAUUCCAGUAGUCAAUUCCAAUGGUUUUCAAAACGGCCACAUGUACUUGGAGUCAACUCUCCGUCCGGAGGCCCGACAGGUUGGAGCAGGGCAAGGUGGAGAGGGAGCUGAGGAUGGGAAGGGCCAGGGUUCAAUUAGCAGGAGGCGAGACAGGGGGCGGGAAGGUUCCUACCAUAACUGGAGAGAACGUGGUGUUCCUCGGGGCAAUCCAAGGUGGGGGGCCUUGGGUGGUGGUGAUGGGGCCGGACGUGGAGGAGGCGACGGUUUAGAUGGCGGGGCAGAAAUGCCCCCUGACACCCAGCUACAGCAGCAAAUCAUCAUAGCCCUACAGAGGCUCAGAGUGGACAUGAGGAGUGUGAUGGACAGGCUGGAGGUGGUGGAGAGGCUCGCUGACAAACAUCUCAGAGUUCAGAGUGGAGAACCUGUCUUCAGUGUGCAGCCACAGCUUCAGAUCAACAGGAGGAGAGGUGGUGGCCAUUUGACGUGUCGGGUCAGACCAUCCUCCUCUUCUUGGUGUGGCCAUUUGUUGCUCAGGGUCUGGUCUACCUGUUGAGGAAAGCCCAGAGGAGAAGUCGCAUAUCUUCGUGAAGAGGGGCUGACACUCAACCAUUCAGCCAUACUGAUAGGUGGAAGAAGUUACAUUUUUACAGCACAAAAGGUUUGAUUCUAAUAUGAAUUCACGAGAAUGCAUCUGCCACCCUAAUUUUGCGCACUGGGAAGAGGGCGAGAAAUUUGUGGACUGUUUCUGUUGGAGACAAAUGUAUUUGGCUGUAUUGUGCACCAUAGGAUCCAGAAAUCUACUCUUCACUACAGCAAAUUUAUCUUUAAACUAUUCAAGUGGAUUCAUCAGCUGGCUUGUGUUAAGCGGCAGGAAUCAAAUACUCAACAUGAUAUUGUCUUCAUCAGACCUGGAGAAGUGCUUAUACGGAUCAUGAGGAGCCUGAAUUAAAGACUUGGAUUAUGUUAUUGUAUUAUCCAUGUUAGUGACACCUAAUAUGCAUUCACCUUAUUUGCUUUCUUCUGGUCCUGCUACCAAAAACUCAAUGUCUUUGGAAUAUACAGAAUAUUAUCAGAAUAAAAUCACUGUCAAAACCAGCACAAUGCAAGCAACAGUAUCUGCUUUCUGGUGGAAAAAGACAAUCUACAGAUUUCAUGCAGUUGCAAUAAUGACACUGUCUCUGAAAUGUCUAAUAACUACAAUAUAACACUGUUAAUGUCAUUGGAACAGACCAGACAUUAUUUGUUGAAUUGCUGUGAGUGCUGAGGGGCUGCUGUGUACUGGAUGAGAGGACUCAUUCAUUCAUUGUAAUCUUUGAGUUCAGACUCUUGAGCUCAGGUUGUUUGUCAGUGUCUCCUUUAACUUAAAUCCAAGUCUUACAUUCAAAUAGUGUGUUUCCAUUACUAUGGUGCUGCAUCUCUUUGACUGCUUUUGCAUUGUGUCCAAACUACAUUUAAUCACAGUGUAACUUCUGUAUCUCAUUUUGUAGAUCCAGUACCACUGUUUACAAAAUCAGAUUGUUUUGUGACAUGUGGAACUUUUACCUACUGUAACUCCAGGCAUAAAUAGUUACUAAAGUACUCUGAGAUGAAAAUUGUAAUUGAAAAAUUUGUCACAAAAUUAUAAAGAACUGAUUUUAAACUGCCCUAUAGUGAACAGUCAUGUAUAAAACUGAAGCAUGAGCUCAUAAUAAAAAUCUAUAAUU